AUGACCCUACGAGUCGCCGUUCAUUACCCUUGUGAUUGGGAACAAGCGCUUCAACAACAAUCGUUCUUGACUUCAGAAAUUGCAUUGCCGGAUGUCUACGAAGAUGCCGGCCAUACUUUGGUGCAUUUCUUCUAUUCAGGGAACUACGAGACGAUACUCUCGCCACCCGAUAUUGACACGUGCGGCAUCGCAGGAGAGUACAGAAGAAGCAUCCUGGUUUACCAUGCAUCCAGAAAGUGUGAGAUUCCGGGUCUCGAAUGCCUUGCUAAACAUUACGUUGAGCACUUCGGUAAAGAACUGUCUCUGCGUGACGUACUUCGCCUAACAAGGGAUGUGUUUUCGACCCUUCCUGAAGGCGAGACUUGGCUCCCGAAUUACAUCAAAAGUCAUUUGCUGCGGCUGAAGCUUGGAAAUCCAAACAACAACCUGGCAGAGCUUUAUAGUACUCUUGGUCAUGAUCAUCAGUUUGAUAACACUGUGAUGAAAAUGGUGGUUGAUAUGCUAGCGGUAAACCUUUCGGAUGAUGCAUUGACAGACGUGCUUCGGAAGCUUUCAUUGAAGCUCAGCCUGAACAGAAUUCUUUGA